AUGUGCCUAAAAUUUAGCUUUUAUGCGAAAUAUUUGGGCUAUUUGUCACCAAGAUCCGCAACAAAACUACCUAAUCAUUCUAGUCCGUUAUGUUUAAUAAUAAUUAAUCGACAGUUAUUUACUUGCCCAGUGCCUAGGGCCCUUAAUGAAGUGGCAAAGUUACCUUUGUUAUCAAAACUUGGUCCUGAAAGGUUAUGUUUUGUCUGGAACAAGCAAUUUGAACCCAGAAAGGAUGUGGCAACCAUGACACUAGACAGUGGCAAUUAUCAACUAUUUACUAGAAAUAACAAGUUAUUUCCAAUGUUUAUUACACCUCUUGUCUAUAAGUAUGGAUUUGAAGUUUUAAUUUGGCAAUUUGUGGACCCCAAGUGCGCUUUGAUUACAUCACUUGAAACAUAUAAGCAAAAAGGUAGAGAUUCCUACCCACUCCUAAUAUUUACAGCGUUUGACGAGCUUCUAGUGUCUCAUAGGUUGGCACUAUUGCGUGUAGAUGUACUUUGCACAAAAAUAACAAAGCACCAGGCUAGUACAAUACUGAGGAACAUUAUAAAAUUUUACAUAAAUGACAGUUAUUUUGAAUGGGUUAAGCGGUUUAAUGGUAUGGGAGAGGAGUUUGACUUUCAGAGUUUUAAAGACAAUUAUCUAGACAUGUUUAAUUCAGAAUCUGAAUGUUAA